AACAACCAGAGAAGGCAAUUCAGCUCUGCAAUGGCCACACCGUUAACAUACAACCAGACAGUGCGCGGAAUAACGGAGUUUAUUGAAGUUGCAAUACACACGAUUUUAUAUGUGCGGCAAAUCUACCCUGCAGACCUCUUCAUACGGCGGAAGAAAUACGACACCCCUGUUUUCCAGUCGCGGCAUCCAGCGCUCAACGAGUACAUCUCCAAUGCAGUCAAAGCGAUCGCUGAACAGCUGUUGACUGGAAAUCUUGAAAAGGUUGCUGUAGUCAUCAAGAACAAGGAGCAAGUCGCUCUCGAGCGUUUCCUCUUCUCAAUCGAGAAUAUGAUCCAGAUCGAAGACUACGAUAAAAACACCAACGUGCAAGAAGCCAUGUCUGCGUCUGAUUUGGGGCAGUACUUUCGCGGUUUUCUGGUCAAACUCAAUAUGGUAGAGGCGCAGCUUGGUCAGAUGCAUCUGGGCGACGAUGUUUCUUUUACUAUCACGAUUGAACUCAAGCCAGAAACCUUACCUUCCACCAAGACCCCGAAUCAGCCACCGUGGAUCCCUGCAUUUACACAACAGACUACUGCAGGUACUUCCGACGAGUCUGAACUUCACAUGAUACGAGCCGUUAAUACGGGAAUAAUCAAUCUAUCUCUUGCUGUUCAAGAAACUGACGUCAAACUCAAGCACGAGCGAGAGACACGCGAAAAUAUGUCGCUCUCCAGGACAAAGCCCACCAAAUCUCCCCCUGACAAUUCUAGUCAAAACGAUGCAGCAGAACAUUCUGUCGCCGACAUAUCUCAGGAAGGUCUGUCCAGGGUGGAACAGAAACAACCAGAACCGCUUGAGCUUGAUGUACAAUAA